AUGGCCGGAGGCAAAUACAAUGUCGGCGUUAUUGGGUACGGGCUGAGCGCCAAAACAUUUCAGAUCCCUUUCAUCACUGCUGUCCCGGAUUUCAAUCUCUAUGCGAUUGUGCAGCGGCACCCAAAGCCGGAGGACGACGCACGCAAAGAUCACCCUUCGAUCAAGUUAUACGGCUCCGCGGAGGAUCUUGUAAAGGACGACCAGGUCCAUGUCGUAGUAGUCACGACGGCCCCGGACUCACAUGUGCAGCUGGCCAAGCUGGCGCUGCAGGCGAAGAAACAUGUCGUUGUUGAAAAGCCUUUCACCCCGACAGCUGCCGAAGCACAAGAAUUGACGGACCUGGCGAAAUCUCAAGGGGUUCUCAUCACCGUCUAUCAGAACCGACGCUGGGACUCCGACUUUUUGACGGUAAGGAAGUACAUCGAAGACGGUACACUAGGCAGGAUUGCUGAGUUCGAAUCUCAUUUUGACCGUCACCGCCCUGACCCGCCCGCCGAGAGUUGGAAGGCAUACAACACCCCUGGGAAUGGCGCUGUAUAUGACCUGGGCACCCAUCUCAUGGACCAAGUCGUGCAUUUGUUCGGCAUGCCCCAGCGUAUUACGGGGUUUGUCGGAUCACAGAGGGAGGUUAACCCCCACGGAUUGGAGGAUUCCUGCACUAUCUUGCUGCACUACGACAAGAUCAAAAUGGUGGCUACCGUCAAGGCUGCUGUCGUCAGUCCCGAAGUCAACCAGCUACGCUUCUGGGUUCGUGGAGUCAAAGGAUCGUUCAAGAAGUUCCAUGCAGAUCCGCAGGAGGAGCAGUUGAGAAAGAAGGGGCUCAAGCCAGGAGACGAGGGCUAUGGUAUCGAGCCGGAGGAGAACUAUGGGACCUUGAACAUCUGCAAAAAUGGGCAGAUUCUGAGCGAGGUGGCUCCGACCGUGAAGCCGGCAACCUACGCAGAAUAUUACCGGCGUCUUGCGGCGGCCCUAGAUGGCGACACCUCGCAGAUUCCAGUUCAGCCUGAGGAAGCCGUGGGAGUGAUCCGGCUUGUAGAGCUUGCCCAAGAGAGCUCUAGGCAGGGGAGGACUCUAACUGUGUGA